GGACGUAACUCUAAACAACAAGAGGUGAUCUGAAUAGUGCCUUACUAGUGACAUAAUAGAAACAUGACUUUACGGGUACCUGCUGCAUUUUGCAAUAAGUGCAAAACUGAGGUCGUUAUUAGAAAAUCAGAAAUAAUUCGUCGAUUACCUUCAUUUCCAAGAUAUGCUUGCACGGUGGCCUUUGGGCAAGCAUCGAGUUAUCGUAUAAUCUCAAGGUCCCACGCUGUGUUAUUAGGUUGUUGUACAUUUCCCACUGUGACGAAAUGCAGCAGCGUUUCCAUUCUCGCAUAUGUAUCAAGGACGAUUAGGCAGCUCACAUUCUGCCGGUACUAUGCAACUGAAGAAACUAAAGUAAAAGAGUCAAAGUCCGAUACCAAAAAAAGUCUAGUGGAGGCAAGAGAGAACCCUUAUGCUGGAUUAACUGCUGGGCAGAAAGUGAAAGAGGUUGGAAAAGAUGCAACAUACACUGUCGUCAUCGUAGCUGGUAUAGCAGUGACUGUUCUCAUGUUCUACAUGAUUGGCCGAGAGUUGUUUUCUGCUGAGAGUCCAAGUGGAUUAUAUGGAGCAGCACUCAAAGCAUGCCAGAACAAUAUUCAAGUAACAGCAGCCCUUGGAGAACCCAUCAAGGGCUAUGGGGAGACAACUCGACGGGGGCGACGUCGGUAUAUUAGCCACACAGAAUUUGAGGUGAAUGGUGUUCCUCACAUGAGACUAAAGUUCUACAUUGAAGGACCAUAUGGUAAAGCCACCGUACAUGCGGAAAUGAGAAAGGGAGAGAACAACAAAUAUGAAUACAGGUAUCUCAUUGUGGAAACUGAAGGAUAUCCACACAGGACAUUUAUACUAGAGGACAACCGGUGAAAUCUCACCUGUGAAAGCAAGAUCACAUCAUUAUUAUCUAGGCCUAUGCACAACCCUCUCCUCCACCUUUCCCACAAUUUUUUUUUUUUUUAAGGGUAAAAGGAGGGGGAAGCGGGAAAGCAAAUGUAAAUAUACUGAAAUUUUAUCUCCUGUCAUCCAUCACAACAAUAACCAAUAAGAGAGAUUUUAGCACUUGCAGAUGUCAUUUUAUGAUGUAGGAAAUGAGGUCUUGCCCUCUAUCCAUAUAAUGAUAAUAACAGUGUUAGACUGUUUGUAUCUCCCUAAGAAAGUGUAGUUAUUUACACAGAUUUUUAGAAUUAGUAUCUUGAAAUGAAUUACUCAUUUGAAAUAAAAGUUGGCACUUGAAUUAAUUCUAGUUGAGACUGAAUUAACCAGCCAAUUCCCCCAUUAAGUUUAUGGCUUUUAGCAUUAAAUGCUGUUUUUAAAUGUGAAAGUGUGAUAAAAUCCUAAUCUGUAGCAGUGCAUUUGUAAAAAUUAUAAGAUUUAUAAAAAAUCAGAUGGAAUGAUGAAUAAUUAGUGUGAUAAACAGUUAUAAAGAUAAUGUGCAUAUAGGGUUAUUGAAAGACCUAGUAGCUAUGCCAAGUUCUAUUUAAUUUUUAAAUUUUUUUUUUGCACAAUCGUGUUGCUUAUCAUGUCAGUGAGCUCUGCUACAUAGAAAUGCAAUGAUUUAGGACUUCUUGAGGAAUUUCUUUAAAAAAAAGAAAACAGCUUUAGUUUAUGUUUGUCCCAGUUUAGGCUACAUUAAAAUUUUUCUUUAAACUCUGUUUGUUGACAUUGUGUAACAGGUUUUUUUGUACAUGAAGUGCAUAUAACUGCAUGUGUAAAUUGAAAACAUUUGCUUUGUUCAAGCAUUUUUUGUCCAUGGACAGCCAUACAAUAUAUUUUAUCUAGAGAUGGUCUAAAAAAUUAAAAUAUAUAAAUUAUCUAAAUUAACAUGACAGGUACUGUUUUUGGCACAUGCAUGCAUGUGUGUGUAUAGAUAUGUGUGUUGCAGGAGCACAGCUUUUUUUUUUUUUUUUUAAUAUACAAAAUAUUUUUUUAACUUCAGCUAGUUCCAUACAUGUCUACAACCUUGAUUUGAUAAAAUAAGUAUUUUUAACAGGAAAAAUUGUGAUAAAUGGAUAAGUGAAAAACAAAUCUUUAAUAAACUUUGGAGAGUUCCAUUUAUACUGUAAACAA